AUGUUCCACAGUCUGACCAUCCUCGCGACACCAUCACUCGCGGCCCGAGGAUCUUUCUUCGAAGCCAUCGGUGGCCUGCUCAGGGACACAUUAACCCUGACUAACGGAGAACCUCCAGAUACCCUGCAACCACUACCAGCUUAUGAUUUUGUGAUCAUUGGAGCUGGCACUGCGGGGUGUGUGCUGGCCAAUAGGCUUACUGAAGUUGAAAACUUUAAUGUGUUGCUGGUAGAAGCAGGCGGUCAAGAACAGAUGUUCAUGGACAUACCGGUAUUGGCGACGAUGCUGCAAUUCACAGACGCAAACUGGAACUACUACACCGAACCGCAGAAAGCAGGCUGCAUGGGUAUGCGGGCUGGACGUUGCGCUUGGCCUCGAGGGAAAGUUGUCGGGGGAUCAUCAGUUCUUCAUUCCAUGAUGCACACCAGAGGAAAUAAAAAAGACUAUGAUAGAUGGGCUGCAGCUGGGAACCCAGGUUGGGAUUACCAGUCCGUUUUAAAUUACUUUAAAAGAUUAGAAAACAUGAAAAUACCGGAACUCGCUCGUGAUAAAAAGUUUCAUUCAACUGAAGGUGAAAUGACAAUCCAAUAUCCCAGUUGGAGGACUCCUCUUUCCGAAGCAUUCUUAAAAGCUGGUGUUGAGACAGGUGGAAAAAUAAUAGACUAUAAUGGCGAAAAACAAAUAGGCUACUCCAUAAUUCAAUUCACAAUGAACAACGGCACACGUAUGAGUGCCAGUAAAGCUUUUCUGCAUCCUAUUAAACAUCGCAAAAACCUACAUAUCGUUAAAAUGGCACAUGUCAAACGAAUACUCAUUGAUCCAUGGAGUAAACGUGCCUAUGGUGUGGAAUACGACAAAUAUAGAAAAACAUACAAAGUUUUAGCCACAAAAGAAGUUAUUUUAUCAGCUGGCGCAAUCAAUUCUCCACAAAUUUUGAUGAUCAGUGGGGUCGGACCUAAACAACAUCUUACAGAGAAAAACAUAACAACUAUUGUAGAUCUUCCAGUUGGUUACAAUUUACAAGAUCACUGGGCUCUAGGAGGGCUUACUUUUGUAAUUAACACGACUGACUCAAUCAGGUCUGAACGUGUUGCAACAGCAGAUAAUAUUAUAGAGUAUUUUAGCUAUCAUACGGGCCCUUUAUCGGCACCGAGUGGUACAGAAGCUUUAGCAUUUAUUGAUACAAAACAUCCAAACAAUCCAGACGGUUAUCCUGACUUGGAACUGCUUUUCGUUGGAGGAUCACUAGUAUCACAACCAACUUACAAGAACGCUUUUGCCAUAAGUGACUAUGUAUACGAUAAAGUAUAUGGACCAAUUGAAAACCGUGAUACUUGGAUGGUUUUCCCCAUGCUUCUCUUACCUGAAUCUAAAGGACGGAUACUAUUAAAAGACAAAAAUCCAUACCAAAAACCUUUAAUAUACGCGAACUACUUCUCUGACCGAGGUCAUGACCAGAAAGUUAUAUUACACGGAAUAAGAAAAAUCAUACAAUUGUCUAAGACGAAAGCAUUCCAGAAAUUUGGUAGUAAGCUUCACGACAUACCAUUGCCAAACUGUGCUCAUCAUAAAUUCAACUCAGACCAGUAUUGGUAUUGUGCAAUGAAAACAUUAACUAACACAAUUUAUCACCAUUGUUGUACGAAUAAAAUGGGGCCAAGUACCGAUCCAGAAUCUGUCGUAGACCCAAGGUUAAAGGUACAUGGUGUAACAGGCUUAAGAGUAGUGGAUGCGAGUAUAAUGCCCCACGUCCCGGCAGCUCACACGAAUGCACCCACUAUGAUGAUUGCGGAAAAAGCUGCCGAUCUUAUUAAAGAAGACUGGAACUUCCCUACUAAAAGGUACCAAAGAUAG